CGCACUCCAGAUAGAUUUGUCCCCCGACGGGAUAGUGACGAGUCUAGCAGGCAGGUGUAUCAGACCACAAAGCCUCUUCAGGAUCUCUCGCCAGUCGAGAAAUUAUUGAGAAGAAAAGGGGCCUCCUCGACUCAAUUCUCAGCACCUCGGCGUUCUCCAAUGCGUCUCCAGGGCAAUGUAUGGAGAGUAGGCGGCCUGGCUCCUGCAACGCCUGAGAUGGACCGUAGCCGCCGCCGCCCACUCCCAAACGGCACAUCUGCUCGUCUCUUCACCAUGUCUGUGGCUACGAUGAAACCUAGCAACUCUAAUCCACUGCCAAGGCGAUCUCUUCCUGCAGCCCCUUUCAGAGUCCUUGAUGCACCGGAUCUGCGCGAUGAUUUCUACUGUUCUGUUCUGGCGUACUCACCAAAUUGCCAAAAGCUUGCAGUUGGUCUAGGAAAUAUCCUAUACAUCUGGUCUAAGGGGUCAGGACCUCGGGCUAUCCAUGGAUCUGCUGCGUCCCAUGUAUGGCUAACAUCUGUUUCCUUCUCGUCAGUCCAAGGAGGGAAAUGCAUCUUAGCUAUAGGACGCUCGGAUGGAACCUUGGUGCUCAAGUCCAUCUAUGACGCUCUUCCUCGCUUCCAGGUGCAACAGCCCUUUCCGGUAUCUUGCGUGAGUUGGCGCCCGAUAACUACCCUGAGACCUUCUAGAAACCCGUUCAAUCCUGGAAUCGCCGUACAGACUGAGGAUUUGGUCAUUGGUGACGACACUGGAGUGAUAUACUACUAUGUAGUAGAGUGGCCAAUGGGUUGGGAGGUCACACGGGACACUUGGCCGGGAACCAUAUAUCUUAUCGCCAAAGUCUCGCUUCACAGCCAACAAAUAUGCGGUCUGUCUUGGUCACCCAACGGGAAAUUCUUCGCCUCUGGUGGAAAUGAUAACUUGUGCUGUCUCUUUGACACCGACAGCGUGCUUGUAGAGAAACAUGAGUCUGAGGAUACAGCCAACGUUCGACCUACGAGGCCAUCGUCCACGGCGAUUCGAAGGUUAGGGUCUGGGGCGGAGAGGCAUCGUUGGAUACACAAAGCUGCAGUCAAGGCCAUUGCAUUCUGCCCAUGGCGCGAAGGACUGGUUGCAACGGGUGGUGGGUCUAAUAAUAAAUGCAUCCACUUCUUCCAUACAACUUCAGGCUCAGCUUUGGCUACAAUAGCAGUUUCAGCUCAGGUGACGGCUCUCAUUUGGUCAUCGACUAGACGCGAGAUUGCUGCCACGUUUGGCUAUACAGAACCCGAACAUCCGUAUCGGAUAGCCGUGUUUAGCUGGCCAGAAUGCAGGCAAGUUGCGGCGAUCCCAUGGGAAGGAGAGCUUCGGGCAUUGUAUGCCAUCUCUUAUCCUCGAUGGCCGUCAAAGACGAAGGCCAUGAAUCACGAUCAAAAGCCUCGCGAGGGGUGCAUUGUUGUUGCGUCGAGCGACAAGAGUGUCAAGUUCCACGAAAUCUGGUGUAACGAAGGAAAGAUGCCUGGAGGAGGAACGGGGAUGCUGGGGGGCAGUGAUAUUCUCGAAAGUCUCGAGGGUAUUGACAAGGAGGGCGAUGUGAUUCGGUAAUGGCUCUUCAAGUCGCAGCACAAGUAAAUAAAAGACAGCGGCAUUCGUGGGAAAGAUUGCAAGGCCACAAAUCAUACCUAUAUUAUAUAGCACUAUGAGUAGCACACACUCUCUGGGAUGAGGCAAAAUCAGGUUGACAAAAUAAAUAAAGUAAAGCCCUAUAUAAACAAAGAUUGUUGAUUAUCAG